AGGCAGCGGAGGAGCACCGCUCCACGCCGCUCUCCGCUCCCCGCCGAACUGCGCCUCUCCGCUCCGCUCCCCGCCGAACUGCGCCUCUCCGCGCCUCUCCGCACCGCGCUCCGCUCCCCGCCGAACUGCGCCUCUCCGCUCCGUACGGUACCGCAGCGCGCCUCUCCGCUCCGCUCCCCGCCGAACUGCGCCUCUCCGCACCUCUCCGCGCUCCGCUCCGCUCCGAGCGUCUCUCCGGACAGCGGCGCUCCGCGCUGCCCCUCGCCGUGCCGCACCGCCCCGCGGGGCCCGUCCCUCCGCCGCCCGCCGGAGCCGCGGCGCCCGGCACGGCCGAGGCAGCGAGCCCCGCUCCGCCGGCCCCGGCCCCCGCGGCGGGCGCUCCCGCGGGCGGCAGGAUGGCCGCGAAGCCGGCCGAGCUGAUGGGCAUCUGCUCCAGCUACCAGGCGGUGAUGCCGCACUUCGUCUGCGUGGCCGAGGAGUUCCCGCCGCCCGCCCGCCCCGCCAAGACCCCCAAGGGCAAGCUGCGGCGGCCGCGGCAGUCGCGCUUCAAGACGCAGCCGGUGACUUUCGACGAGAUCCAGGAGGUGGAGGAGGAGGGGGUGUCCCCCAUGGAGGAAGAGAAAGCCAAGAAAUCUUUCCUGCAGUCGCUGGAGUGCCUGCGGCGGAGCACCCAGAACCUCUGUCUGCAGCGGGACCGCCUGGGCAGCUGCCGCCUCCGCAACAGCCUCGACUCCAGCGACUCGGACUCGGCCCUCUGAGGGCGGCGGGGCUCGGCGGGAGCCGGCCCGGACGGACUGAGCUGCGGGGAGCCGCGCCGCCGCCGGCACAGGAGAGCCCGGACGGGCAGCCGGGUCGGGAUGUUUUCUAAGAAAGCGCUUGUACCUUCGUUUCUAUUUGAUUGUAUGAAACUCACCAUUUAAAAGACAAAAAAAAAAAAAAAAUCUUUUCUAUUCGUUAGAAGAAAUGAGCUGUUUUAGAUGCAUUGAGCUGCUGGACUUUAUAUUUAUUUUUGCAUUUAAAAUGUUGACUGCAUUAAUUUAAUAUGUUUCUACCUGAAUGUCUGUUAUUAUUUCCAUAAAAAAGUAAUAAAUCUGAUAUAUUUGCACAGUA